UGAACGCAUUUGGCGCAAUCACUUGUGCGUAUGGAAGUGGUGACACGGCUGGUGCAUCUCCGUGCCAAUCGUUCUGCUACGUGUCAUGUACGCAAAUCUAAUUUGCACCAGCGACUGACGAUUGUGUGGCCUUGUCUUUUCGGACUUCUUUCUCGUAUCUGUUUGCUGCGAGUGAAGUUCAAGUGGCAAAAAUAUGAGGCAAUUAAAGGGAAAGACGAAAGAGACCAACAAACAGAAAAAAGAACGGAAAAAGGAAUUUUUGGAGAAUAAGCAGAGGGUGUUCACAAUUGUAUUGCCCACUAUAACUGCAAUAUUUGUGAUAAUAGCAGCAUAUAUUUAUGUUAAAACCCGUCCAAAACUCAUUGAAUACUAAUGAUACAUGCCAUUUUGGUCAUCCAUUUAUUGAAACAACAAGAUGCGCUAUAUUUGAACAAUGCAACAUAUAGUAAUGCUAUAUUUGGAUAAUUUGUCAUUACAUUUUUAUGAAUGUAUGAAAGUUAUUCUAAAAAGAGACACAUUCCACUGUUCUCUCUAAAAUAGCUUGUAACUAAAUCAUAUUGGAAGCAAGAUAUGUUUUGCAAAUAUCAGUUAUUUGAUUUGAUAAGAUUUUUAAAGCCAAUGUAAAAUAUUACGUAAUAUUAAGAUAUAAUUAUUGGGUAAGAUAUAAAAGAGAAAAUAUUUUUUACGAAAGCAUUAUAUAAGAAGAAUUAGUUAAUUUAUACACUGCAUUUUUCUAAUAAAUAAAAUUUAUUAACGUCGAAUAAUAUAAGUUCUUUAUAUUAAUUUAUAUGUAUUUCCUUAAUUUUUUCAUAUGCAUGCUUCUUUUUAAUAUAUUGUAGAUAAAA